AUGGCUACACAGACGCUCCUGAAAGCUUUCUUUGAUGCAAGAGACACGCGUGCAACCAGAAGCAGUGGCAUUGUCUUUAACUAUAAUCAUGACGCAACAGCUAUGACACCCGCAGCAAUUCGUAACAGUGACUCCUCUAAAAAGAUUCGUAACAGUGACUCCUCCAAAAAGAUUCGUAACAGUGACUCCUCUAAAAAGAUUCUGACUCCUCUAAAAAGAUUCGUAACAGUGACUCCUCCAAAAAGAUUCGUAACAGUGACUCCUCUAAAAAGAUUCGUAACAGUGACUCCUCCAAAAAGAUUCAUUCGUAACAGUGACUCCUCUAAAAAGAUUCGUAACAGUGACUCCUCUAAAAAGAUUCGUAACAGUGACUCCUCUAAAAAGAUUCGUAACAGUGACUCCUCUAAAAAGAUUUGUAACAGUGACUCCUCUAAAAAGAUUCGUAACAGUGACUCCUCUAAAAAGAUUCGUAACAGUGACUCCUCCAAAAAGAUUCGUAACAGUGACUCCUCUAAAAAGAUUCGUAACAGUGAUUCCUCUAAAAAGAUUCGUAACAGUGACUCCUCCAAAAAGAUUCGUAACAGUGACUCCUCUAAAAAGAUUCGUAACAGUGACUCUUCUAAAAAGAUUCGUAACAGUGACUCCUCUAAAAAGAUUCGUAACAGUGACUCCUCUAAAAAGAUUCGUAACAGUGACUCCUCCAAAAAGAUUCUGACUCCUCCAAAAAAGAUUCGUAACAGUGACUCCUCUAAAAAGAUUCGUAACAGUGACUCCUCUAAAAAGAUUCGUAACAGUGACUCCUCCAAAAAGAUUCGUAACAGUGACUCCUCUAAAAAGAUUCGUAACAGUGACUCCUCUAAAAAGAUUCGUAACAGUGACUCCUCUAAAAAGAUUCGUAACAGUGACUCCUCUAAAAAGAUUCGUAACAGUGACUCCUCCAAAAAGAUUUGUAACAGUGACUCCUCCAAAAAGAUUCGUAACAGUGACUCCUCUAAAAAGAUUCGUAACAGUGACUCCUCUAAAAAGAUUCGUAACAGUGACUCCUCUAAAAAGAUUCGUAACAGUGAUUCCUCUAAAAAGAUUCGUAACAGUGACUCCUCUAAAAAGAUUCGUAACAGUGACUCUUCUAAAAAGAUUCGUAACAGUGACUCCUCUAAAAAGAUUCGUAACAGUGACUCCUAA